GUUUUUUAGCGACUUGCGAAAAACGUCACGCCCAAUUUUUUACGCCGAGAAUCAUAAUCAAAUUCCAAGUGUAUAGUCUUAUAAUUGUUGUCUUAGUGGAUGAAUUGUUUUAUUUCUUAUACAUUUUAUACAUCUGCCAUUUAUCGUAAUAAAAAAAAAUGCAUAGCUAAAUUCGUCAGUUGGAAAUUUGUUGUAAGAAGUGGAGGAUGGAACUCGGACAAACCGCGACCAGUAGAUGGAAUUCUCUUCCACCAAUCCAAGCACGAGGACCACCGUCGUACAAGUUUAUUGAUCGAUUUAGUCGUUUGAAAACUAUAUAUUGGAAUAGAGGAUAUGCAAUAUUUUUGCUCGCAUUUAUAGGUUUUACUAUUCAAGGUAACCAAUUGCAAUUUUGUUUAAAGAUUUUUGAGUCUAUGAAAGAAAAAAAUAAAAUAGAUUUUAUCAUUUAUAAUUACGAGUACUACUAUAAAUCUGGAUUUGAAAUCGGUUUAAUACCUGGUGGUGUUUUAGUCACGGUUUAUCCAGUUCACAAUAUUUUAGGGAUUUCCGUCAUCAUAUCGUCGAUUUGUCAUAUAAUUUUGAUCAUGAGUAUAGGUUACUUAAACGCUGGCUCACAAAUUUUCUUAGGAUUUUGUAUAGGUACAACAAUGGCCACGGUUUUUGUGGCAAUACAUAGAAUUUGGACAUAUUGGGUUCCACUGAAUAAACAAUCAGUACGUCACGUUCCAAUAAUAUUGUGCGUUUUGAUAGACGAAUACAGAAGAAUAUACAUUUCAAAUUUCCAUGUACAUGUCUCUAGUUCAUCAUUUCUGUUUACAAGUGUGAUCGUGUUGCCGUGGUAUCUUCUGUGGACGUACGUGACCAAUAAUGGAAAUCGUUCUCAGAUUCUGUAUCGUGGCUCGAAUUCGAUUGGAGGUGUGAACUACUCAAGAUGUUCAACUGAAAUCUCUGGUGUUUUACCAACCCUGCCAAACGUGUUGGAAAUUCCAUGGAAAUCAUUUUGUACUUCAAUGCCCGUUAUCGCGAUUGUCUUAUCAUUUACCUGUAUUGAUAGUUCCAUUGAUAGUAAAUUUGAAUUGGAUUUGACUCUAAGGAAACAUACAAUUAUUUGGUUAAUACUUUUUACCUUUCUGACCGAAUUAAUUCCAGAAAUAACUGUAUCAUUUUCCACCACCAACGUCAGAAAGUUUUGGAGUUGCACAUAUUUCGUUUUAAUCGGCAUACACUUUUAUCUCAGAGGUUUUUGGUUCAUAAUAAUUACAGAAAACAAUAAACUGUUGUUAAUGACGUUUAAAGUAAUGAAAUAUUUUAGUCUUUUUGGAUUUUAUGUCAACCAUUUGGAUAUUGCACCUAAAUAUGCCAGUGUAAUUUUUGGAAUUAUAUAUACCGUAAAUUACAUGUCCUUAAAGUUUUUGGACCCUGUCUUGGUCACAUUAUCCGGUUGUAAAAACAAAGAUUAUGAUAUCCUGGUGGCGGUAAAAUACUUAGCGGUGGCAUUGUUCUAUGCCAAAUACGCUUCGGCAAAACUCCAACCGUGGGCAGAUGAACCCGUGGAAGAAAAUCAACGAAACAUGAUCGAAAAUGUUAUUCUACCUGAUGCAGCUAUAUAAAACACCGUUUGAGCAGCAAUAAAUUAAGCUUAAAGUUAAAAAUUAUUUUUAUUUUUUUAACUUUUAAAAGUAACUAUAGUUAAUUAAAAAAAAUUUAAAUUAGGUAUACUUUUUUUAAAGUUUAACAAAUAGUUUACUAAUACAAUAAUUGAUUGUAUCCUUAAAAAAAAUGUAUAUAUUCAAAUUAAUUUCUGCAGGCACUUUCAUACUUCAAUCGAUCAUGAAAUCCAAUAAAAUAAUGAAAUAAAAUAUGUAUUUUCUUGUCUAAUCAUUAUUUUAAGUGAUAGAACAAAUUUUUGAAAUUUUUUGUAAUUAUAAUAAUUAAGUUCAUUAUUAGAAUAUAAUUAAUUGCAUAUAAAUUACUAGAUAAUAAUCAAUUAAUAGUAAGAAAUUAUCAAUAAAACACAUAUAUGCCAUGCAUACAAUGGAAAUAUCAUAAUUCUAUUAUUUUUUCGUAAAACUCACAGAGCAAAAACUACAAGUACCUAUUUCGUAUGUUAAAAAGUUUAAAUAAUAAUUUUUUAUUUAAUUAUUUACAAAACAAUCAAAGAUAGCCAUUUUGAAGAGUAUAUAU